UCCUCAACGACGUGUUUCUCCACUUUAUAAGCCUCUCACUAUCUCAAAUCUCAAAACCCUAGCAGCAAUAACUCAAUAUAGGAGCAGACCGCCAUUUUCUUCCCUUCAAGGAACAGGUAAUUUGGUUGAGUUAGAGAAUGUCGUUCGGAGAACUCGCUAGUACCUACGCUUGUUUGAUCCUCAAUGACGAGGACAUCCCCAUCACCGCAGAGAAGAUUUCUGCUAUUGUAAAAGCAGCAAAUGUCACCGUCGAACCUUACUGGCCUCUCUUGUUCGCCAAGCUUGCCGAGAAGAGAAACAUCUCAGAUCUCAUCAUGAGCGUUGGUGCCGGCGGCGGUGGUGCCGCUGCCGUUGCCGCCCCCGUCGGUAGUGCCGCCGCUGGUGGUGGUGCUGCAGCAGCUGCCCCUGCUGCUGAGGAGAAGAAGGAGGAACCAAAGGAAGAAAGUGAUGAUGAUAUGGGAUUCAGUUUGUUUGAUUAGAAGCUACUGUUAGUAUGAUCUGUUCUUUUGUUUCCAAAAAAUAUUGGUUAAAGUUUUAGUUAUUGAUGUUUGAGAUAUUCGAGAAGUGUAAGAGUGCAUUUAAUCUUGAGGAGGUUAUGGACUUCUGUUGUGCUCGUUUUGCGCCUUAGUUUUAGCCAUUUUUGUCAGUUUAAUCAAAUGUUUGUUCUUCUAUCGUUAAA